UCAAUCCAGUUAACUUCCGUCUACCGUUACAACCGAACGCGAGAAGGGCCGUCAAAAUCUGAGACGUUUUCAAACGUAGAUUGAAUCACGGUGGAACGAAAAUGCCUGAAGGUUUGGAAGAAUUUUUCUCCAAGUAUAAACUACACGAGGAAUCAGUGAGCUACAUGCGCAAUACGGCACCUGGAAUUCAGGGACAUGGCUCCAGUUUUUCAGUGGAUGAAGUCAGAGCAUCAGCAAUAGACUCGUCUAAAAAAUAUGGGGGAGAGGUUAAGUUUGAAGGCAGCGUUAAAGAAUUUAAAGUUCCAUCCUUUUCAACUUCAGAGGGUGUUCCUGUGACAGUGAUAAAGUUGCGAACAUGUAAGCCGAGGACACCUAUUGUUGUAUAUUUCCAUGGAGGAGGUUUCGUCGCUGGUUCUAGAGAAACAGAUGAACCCAUCACCAAACAACUUGCUAGAGAAGGAGAAUGUAUAAUUGUGAAUGUGGAAUACCGAUUGGCACCAGAAAAUAAAUUCCCUGCACCAUUUGAUGAUGCCAAGUGUGUCUUGAGAUGGGUUAUUAUGAACAAAUCACUUAUUGGUGGUAUGAAUGAUAGUAAAGUUGGUGUUUUAGGAGUUGGUGUAGGUGGAACUAUAGCGGCUACAGUUUGUCAGGAAGUUCCUAGAAUAGCUUUCCAGAUAUUAGUGUAUCCACUGUUGGAUUUGAGAUUUGGUCAACCCAGUUGUCAGGAAUUUUCUGAUGGUCCAUUGACAGCUAAAAAAUUUCUUGAAUGGGGUACAACUUUGUUUUUAAAUGAUAAUACAGAAAGUGAGAAUCAGCGAGCAUCACCGUUGCUUCGCCCAUCGUUUACUAAAGUACCACCAUUAUUAGUUAUUCUGGCUGAUGUUGACCCUUUAAAAGAUCAAGGUUAUGAAUAUAAGAGAAUACUAAAAGAUUCUGGAAUUGAUGCAGAAAGUCUUUUGGUGCGUGGAUCUGUUCAUGGCUUUUUCACUUUUCCAGGUCAUUUUAAAGAACUUGGAGAGAAAGCUCAAGAAAAGGUUAUUAACUACAUCAAAAAACGUGGCGCCUCAUGAAAAGUAGAGCAGUUUGUAUCAAUUUCAUUAUCCGCUUAAUGUACUUUUAAUUUAUCAUAUCUACAUAAAAUAAUAACCCUGGGAACACUCAAAGUCAUGAAAUAUUUUCAGAAGAAUAUACAACUUCCUAAUACAUUGUAACUUCAAUUCUAGACACAAUUUGUGUUUUUUGAAUCCAAAAUUCCAAUUAAAUAAUUUUGUUAAAUUCCAAUGAAGUAAUUGUGUUAAAUUCCAAUUAAGUAAGCAGUUAGUUUAGAAUCUGAUGAUAUAGCU